GCACUACGAGCAGGAUAUCAACCGUUUCUUCCUCCCCGCCAGCAGCUGGUUGUACCGCAGGGUCGGGCGGACGUCUACUCACAACGCCCCCGGAUCGUUUUAUUCUCCUAACGGAGUGUUUUUCGGCACAACAUGGAGAGCCCGGAGCAUACCGAUCCAGCUCUCCUGCUGCCGUCUCUUCGCCUCUUCGUUCCUCCCCUCCGGCUGGUGUCUGCGGCCAUGUGGCACGCCGUGCAGAGCGGGAACCUUCAGGAAUACGGAUUGGUGGAGGACUUCGUCAGCACCGUCACCGAUAUCGUGCCAGAACUGUUAAAUCCGGAUCAGAAAGCUCAGCUCCUCCUGGGACUGAGGGCACGGGUGGUGCUUGAACUGUGUCGCUCCGAGAAGAUCGCAGACACGGACUCCAUCCAGCUGCACCUGGAGCAGAUCAAAACCCUCAUAUCCACCUGGGCAGCGCAGCCCUGUUUUGCAGAUGUUCAGUUUCCAGAGUCCAACUUUGUGGAUCAGGUUGGGUUGCUGUUGAAGGACCCCGAAGAGAAGGAGAAGUUCUUCCAGGAUGUCUUCCCCACAGAUUUUGGACCCGACUAUGACAACGCUCUGCAGAUGCUGAUGUUGGAUUUCCUGUCCAGAGUGGAGAGGCUUCUCCCGGUCCCCGACAUUCAGCAGACGGCGUCCAUGCUGCGAGGCAUCCCAUCUGCGCUGGAGGAGUGCGCUCGCUCGGCGCCUGACCCCCAGGACCUGAGAACGCUGCUGCGCUACCAGACGACAGUCAGACACGUGGACUUUUCCGAUGAAACCCAGACCAUUCCGUCGUCCUUCGGGAACUGCAUCCUGUCCUCGCUGUCUCUGCCCCAGCUGGAGAAGAUCGUGAUCCACCCAGACGAGCUGCAGCUUCAGUCGUCCUCAGAGGAGAUUCAGGGCUGCGUGACCGUGCAGGUGGAGGGCGAAACGGUGACGCUGCUGGACUACAUCCACAUAGAGCAGCCGUCCAGCCUGGGGGAGUCCGACGGUCAGGAGGACCUCGACAACAGCGCCGAGGAGACGGCCGACCCGGCGCCGGACGCGGAGCUGGGCGAAGCUCUGAAGCCCGCCGCUUUCCAGCCGCUGAAGCAAAGCAAGAGGCUCGAGCUGAAGAGAGAAGCGUCGGCAGGCGGCAGCAACGCGGACGCAGCCAAGAGGCCGCGGAAAAACUACCCCAGCAACAAAACGUGUCCGGUGUGCAGCAAGACGUUCCUGCGAGCGGCGGCCAUGAGGCGGCACCAGGAGAUCCACAACGAAAACCGCGACCUGAAGUACAAGUGCGGCAGCUGCGAGAAGCGGUUCAGGGACCAGUACGACAUGAACCGGCACGCCAUGCGCGUCCACGAGAAGGGCGAGAUGAGCAGCAGCCCCAAAGACGAGGAUCCGGCCGACCCGUGCACCUCCGAGGCGUCCGAGAGCAAGAACUGCUCUCUGUGCGGCAAGUAUUUCGCCCGGGAGGUGGACAUGGAGCGGCACAUGAAGUCGCACUCGGAGGAUCGGCCGUACAAGUGCUCCUUCUGCGACAAGAAGUUCAAAAACCUUUACAUCCUGAAGAGGCACGAGAGGGAGAUCUGCAAGAGCAGGGAGAAGAACGCGAGGAAGGGCGCACCAGACGUGAACCCGGAGGCUCCGCCGGAGGUGUCGGUGGAGGGGAAGGUCUGCCCCAUCUGCGGCCGGAUCCUUCCCUGCAACGCGGACAUCGCCAAGCAUCUGCGCUCGCACUCGGAGGAGCGGCCGUACGUCUGCCUGACGUGCGAGAAGGGCUUCAAGUACAAGGACACGCUGAAGAAGCACCAGAUCAUCCACGGCCACGACGGCAUCCGAGAGGAGCACUGCAAGACGGUGGAGCAGAUCCUGGCCGAAGCCGAGCCGCGGCACACGGGCGAUCCCGACCGGCAGGCCGAAGCCGAGCCGCGCGCCGACGUAGCCGCGAAGGGCGCGCCGUCCGGAUCAAGCAGAAAGAAAGCAACGAAGGCGUGCCCCGUGUGCAGCAGGGCGUUCGACAGCGUCAAGACGCUGAACCGGCACAUCCAGUGCCACACGGAGGACCGGCCCUUCCACUGCAUCCACUGCAAGAAGAGAUUCAAACACAUGCACGGCCUGAAGAGGCACCAGAUCUACGCCAUCUGUCACAAGAAGACCUCCCGCCCGUCGUGGAAGAAGGAGCAGCGGGCGGGACCCGGCCGCGGCGAGACCGCCGGUGCCAACCCGCCGCAGGGCCAGUCGGACAAGAUCCCCGUCUGGUGCUCCAACUGCGGCAAGCACUUCGAGUACCCGGCGGCGCUGAAGGAGCACCAGGAGAACGUGUGCAAGGCGGAGAUCCGGGAGGUGAUGAAGUGCCGCGACUGCGGGAAGGAGUUCAGGAGCGUCACCAUGCUCAAAGUCCACCAGAGGAUCCACGACCCGCUCUACUGCAAGGAGUGCGGCAAGAUCCUGGGCAGCGAGGCCGCCUUCGAGCGCCACAAGCUGAUGCACCGGCCCAUGAGCUGCACCAUGUGCGAGAAGACCUUCACCCUGCUGAGGCGCCUGAGGGAGCACUACGAGAAGCAGCACGCCUUCACCGGCCCGUUCCCCUGCCCGCAGUGCGACAAGUCCUUCGUGCAGCUGUCCUACCUCGCCAUCCACCAGCGCAUCCACAAGGGCGAGUUCCCCUACGCCUGCGACAUGUGCCCCGAGAAGUUCCGCUCGUCCAACUGCCUGACGGUGCACCAGCGCAAGCACACCGGCGAGAAGCCCUUCCUGUGCUGGCAGUGCGGCAAGUGCUACCGCUCGGCGUCGGAGCUCACCGUCCACAUGGGGACGCACUCGGAGGAGCGGCCCUGGGCGUGCUCGCAGUGCGCCAUGGCCUACCGCACCAAGCUGCAGCUCAGCAACCACGUGGAGCAGGUGCACAUCGGCGUGCGCUACCCGUGCAAGAGCUGCGGCAAGCAGUUCAUGAAGGAGACGUCGCUGAAGAGGCACGAGCUCAUCCACACGGGCGAGAGGCCGCACCAGUGCACCGUGUGCGGGAAGACCUUCCUGACCGCCAACGAGCUCCGACUGCACAACCGCUACCACACGGGCGAGCGGCCGUACAAGUGCGACGUGUGCGGCAAGGCCUUCAUCCAGUCGGGCUACUUGAAGUCGCACGUGCGCAUCCACACGGGGGAGAAGCCGUUCAAGUGCGACGUCUGCGACAAAAGCUUCAGGCUGUCGUACCACAUGAAGAAGCACCGGCGGACGCACGCCGGCAAGUCCCGCAGCUUCGUCUGCUCCGACUGCGGCUUGGUGUUCCUCCACAAGAAGUUCUUCUGGGAACAUUCGCUGACUCACAACGUGAAAAUGGAGCCGGCGUUCGCAGCCGACGUCGCGCUCGAGUUCCAGUAGACGGUUUACGAGUUGUUGUUUUUUUGUUUUGUUUUUUCCCGUGUGCAUCCGCUGCAGUCGUUUUCUAAAGACGGAUGAACAACUAGAAGGUUCUCAGGGAAAAAUCUUUCUUUUCUCAACUUUGGCAACAUUAAAAACUUAAAUGGGG